AUGGCAUCUCCCGCGGCAAAAGCAUCCGCUGCGGCCCUCUUUUCUUUUGCGUCUCUUGAGGCGGCUACCACGCGUGCGUCAACGCGUGAAGUUGCCGAGAGAGUGCUGACAGAGAUCCGUUCAUCCCGCAAUCAUAAUGCCUCACAGACCACCGCUUUGGCUUCAUGGACGCAGCUAUAUGCUGGUCAGCCGCCGCAUGCGGUGCAGGCAUUAGCCAACGUCGAACUUUUUUUGCGCAGCAAACGAAAACACUAUGCGCUCAUGGAAAAAUACAACCCACUCUACGGCAUGUCUGACAAGGACCGGAUCCGAGCCACAGCACGCACCGUCGGUCUCCAGGUACCCACUAAAGACAAGCCCAACUUGUGA